UAACGAACCAAGGACUCAGUGUGCAAUUCGUACCCACGGCAACACUGGAAAAUAUUUUGUUCCGUGUUGAAAUAAUACGUAGUGUGUUCCAAUAUAUAGUGCAAGCUUGCUGGAAGUUUUUUUAAAACAGUUUUCAAACCGGCAUUCUACGAUAGCUAAUUGCAUAACAGAUUUUUUUAAAAUUCCAAGACGUGGAUGGCAUGGUAUCUUUGUCGUGGUGUGACGUGUGAUAAGACGGACCAUUAUUGUGAGGGCUUUGAACUCGUUUUUCGAGGCAGACACAAAAGCUUUAUUUGACGAAUUCGACAAUUUGCCAGACAACAGUGACACUUCAAAAAUGAGUAGCAAGCAGACCGAAGACUGUAUUGACCUGACUGGUGACGAGGCUGCCUGCUCCAGUAGUACAACAGUACCGGUACCAGUAGUCAGGGAAGGACCAACUGUGCAAGGCAAGGAGGAGGACGAUGCGGGCAAACUCUCACUUCUCACGUGGAACGUUGACGGCUUGGAUACUGUCAACCUUGGGGAACGCGCUCGAGGACUUUGUUCUUACUUGGUCUUGUACACACCAGAUGUGGUGUUUUUGCAAGAGCUCAUUCCACCCUACCUAGACUACCUGAAGAAACGUGCGGGCAGUUACACCAUCAUCGAGGGAAAUGAAGAUGGCUACUUCACUGGCAUUAUGCUGAAAAAAUCUCGAGUCAAACUCUUGAAGAGCGAGAUCAUCAGUUACCCAACGACACAGAUGAUGAGAAAUCUGCUUGUGGCUCAGGUGAGCUUCUCUGGCCAAGAGCUGUGUCUGAUGACAUCACACUUUGAGAGCUGUAAAGCACAGGCUCAGGAGAGGAUGACCCAGCUGAAGACGGUCUUCAAAAAAAUGAGAGAGGCCCCUGACAAUAUCACCGUCUUAUUUGGGGGAGACACCAACCUUCGGGACACUGAGGUAACCAAGGUGGGCGGCCUUCCUGCUGGCGUUUGCGAUGUUUGGGAGCACCUUGGCAAGCAGGAGCACUGCAGGUACACCUGGGACACCAAAGCCAACAGCAACAAGGACGUGCGUUACGUCAGCAGGUGCCGCUUCGACCGCGUGUACCUGCGGCCGGCCAGGGAGGGGCCGCGGGCGGCCCCCGAGUACAUGACCCUGGUGGGCCAGGAGAAGCUCGACUGCCACCGCUACACCAGCGACCACUGGGGCAUCUACUGCACCUUCACCAUGGGGUCACAAGGCUGAGGCCGGGGUGUCGCCUCACGACCAGAGGGCGAGAUGAUCCGGGCCCUAGAGAAACAGUACUGCUGUGCCCUUGAGCAAGGUACAAAAACCCAAAUUCUGUGUGUAAAAAUCAAGCUUUGUGAAUGGUGUAUGCACAACAUGGUAAAUACAGGAGGGCACAUUCCACAAAAAUUUCAGGUAAUAAAUCUUCAGUGGCAGUGGGGCCUGCUUUUUUUGCCUUGAAAACAUGAAAAGGUCCUGAGUUGGACUCCUGAAAAUGUAGUAUUGUAGUGUUUUUUUAUGUUCAAUUUCAUCAUGUCUCUUCACAUUACUAACAAAUAAUAAAGUUUGCAGACUUAUUGUAUUCUGCUUAUUACCACAGAUAGAUUGUUCCACCACAAUGUUCUCUGGACCUUUCUCAUAGAAGUUGGGUUGGUCUUGUUCCCUUUUACUCUGUGGGCUGUUUAUUUGAUGAUGGGUGUCUGUUAGGAUCUUGCUUUAUGGAAUGUUCAUAACCAAUGAUUGGCCUUUGCUUGAUGUUUUAAUUCUUGCAAAAAGAAUGAAAUUAAAUUAUAACAGUUUGUAAAGA